CGCGACUGCGUCCCUAACCCACCCCAAAUCCCCAUUCGAAACCUAACCCCCAAAUCCCCAAUGGAAACCAAACCAGUAACCACGCAAUGCACCAUAUCUCGCCCUCUGCACAGUGCCAACCCAGCUACAGAGCCAGCCAGUAGCCACCCACGUCCUUGAGUUGGAGGCCGGCAGCACCGACGUUCCUCCUAAGUCCCACCACCUUGAAGCCUUCCUCCGAAUCCCACCGCCGAACAGAGCAGAGAUCCUCCACCGCCGGUGCACCACAAACACGGAAUGCUGGAAUGCUGGUUAAUGGUUUAUUGUUCAGUUUUUGUUGGUUUGGGGCUGAUGUGAUGAAAGUAGUUGCAUCUUGGACAAAAGUCUUGUGCGUUGACAUCUCUCAAGGCUGCAUACCAAAUCAUGUUGACAAAGCUGAAGCUAGUGAAUUAGGAAAUAAAGUUUUGUCUAGUUGGAGUGUAAUUGACAUUGGGACAGGCAAUGGUUUGCUUCUCCAAGAAUUAGCUAAACAAGGGUUCUCUGAUUUGACUGGUACGGAUUAUAGUGAAGGGGCCAUCACUCAUCAGCCUUGCCCAAAGCGUUGCUAAUCGUGAUGUAUUUUUGUUAAUUGAUUGAAAAAACCGAAAAAACCGAACCAAACCAAACCGAUUUUAAUUGGUUUGAUUUGGUUCGGAUGGCUUUGAUAAAAAAAUCGAACCAAACCGAACCGCAGUUUAAUUAUACGAUUGGAUCAAAUGACUUUUCCCUAAAAAAUGGAACCAAACCGCACCGCGAACACCCCUACCGGCAACCCCUCACCCUCACCUCGUCUCUCCCUUCAUCGUCAGUUCGUCACUCCCUCGGCGUUCUCAGCUCGUCACUUUCAGUCUCUGGGUCUCUCACCUCAUCGCUCUCUCGGUCUCUCACCGUGAGUCCGUGACCCUGCAUUCGCUUCGUUGAAACCAGUGAAGCAGUAUCUGCUCCCUCGAGUGGUGGUGGUCGUCGUCUUCUCUACCAAGCGAGCUCCAGUUUUCGACCCUAUUCUUUCUCUAGUUCAAUGUUGAUUUCGGUGAAUCUGGUGGUUGUUAAAAAUGAAUUUUUGCUGUUUUAUUUAGUUUUUAGAGUUGUUGCUGUUAUUUCUCUGAUUUGAUGCUAAUUUUGGUGAACCUGAGCAAAUUUUAGAGUUGUUGCUGUUUUUUCUGUUUGUUGAAUGUUGGUUUUUUUUAGAGUUGUUGUUGCUGUUCUUUCUCUGAUUCGAUGUUAAUUUUGGUGAACCUGAGCAAAUUUUAGAGUUGUUGCUGUUCUUUCGGUUUGUUAAAUGUUAGUUUUUUAGAGUUGUUG